AUGGGUCUCACAAUAUCCGCAAUUAAGACCCUUAUAAUACCAGCCGUCAUCUCCCUAAUCCUCUUUCUCCUAUCCACUUACGUACUUGUCCCGUUAUGGCGACGUUACCAUGCGCGGUAUAGUCAAUAUCUUCCUCUCGAAACGAUUUCGAAUCAUACAAUAUCCCUACGCGUUAGAGUGCAAGAUGCAAUAGCUCGAUGGAUGGUCCCAUCGCGGUGGCGCAUUAAUAUACAUGAUCGCGUCGUGGUCGGAGCCGACGACGCAUCCGAUAUAGGUUUCAGUUCCGAAGAAGGCGAAGAAUUAGAUGAAGUAUUCGACGAUCGCCGGCACGCGCUGUCGUUAGAUACCCAUGAUAUUGAGCGUGCCGAUAGCACAAGGAGACUAAGCAGAGAUUUAGAGGAAGGCUUCCGAGAUGAUAGCGAAGAGGAAGAUGACACGCGUCAAAGCAGACGGUAG